AUGACUAAAUACAUAGAAGCUGCCGAGAAAUGUUUGGUUGAAUAUAGGGUCGAUCGGCCUAGUAUGGGAGACGUGUUGUGGAACUUGGAGUAUUCUUUGCAACUUCAAAAAGCCUCAUCCCAAGGAACGAAUGACGGAGAAAAUAAGGCAUUAGCCACCACAGCCUCUCCUCAUAUAGUCUCUCCGGCCGCUUCUAUUGUAGACAAUCAGCCCCUUUCUCUACCCGUGGAAAGUAACAACCCUGCUGAAGUCACUGAGCACUCAAGAAUGGCAAUGUUUGCGCAAUUUGCGUCACUUAGUGGGCGAUAA